AUGGAGGUUGGCGAGGGCGUCGUCCUCGAGGAGGGGCAACCACGGGUGAGUGAAUGGCUUGCUUGCUCUGAUCUCUCGACCCCGGGCUUUCCUGUCUACUCCGAAUCUGUUUCUUCCAGCGCUGACCCUGAGACACUAGCAGACCACGGCAUCCCUUCAAGUUCCUUGCACAACGGGGAAAUGAAUACACAUAUCUCGGAACGCUUCGGACGUGGCGGUCGCUUUCCAAACACUCACAAUGCCUUGACUUCUGCCUUUGACAACGGCCUUGACCUUACACUGAAUAUAGACAUCCGCGAAUACGUCGAAAAACAGGGACAGAUCAAAAUGUCUUCGGAGAAAGAUGCCUGGCUAGAAGCACCAGAAAUACCGACCAACGAUGAACUGGCAGUUGCGGAAGCCGCGCUCCCACCUAACAAGGUGGACGCCCCAUGGAGAUCGAAAGAAAAAUACCUCAGAACUCAAUACUCGCUACUGCGCGAAGAUGCAGUUGGAAGUCUUCGUGAUGCCGUGCAAGAUUUUCGCCAGAAUCCUGCUACUGGGGACACACAGAAGUUCUCGGUCUAUGAGCAGGUAUACGUCCUCGGGUUUACCUUCGCCAGGAGGGGUCUCGCGGCGAGAAUUCAAUUCUCCACAAGACGAGCAGGUAAACGCAUCUUGUGGCAGACCAGCAAACGACUGACCAGUGGCUCCAUCGUGGCUCUCGUGCGUGCCAAAGACAAGUUGACCGAUUUGACUGGGGUGAUAGUCGGCGUCGUUGCAGCCAGACCUCUAGCUGGGGUUUUAUGCCAACCUCCGCAGAUUGACAUAUACUUCGGCCGUACCGAAGAUGUCCAAAUUGAUCCACAGGAGGAAUGGAUCAUGAUCGAAGCAAAGCAGGGAUAUUAUGAGGCUUACCGUCACUCACUGCGGGCACUGCAGAAGCUCAGCCGCGAACCUUUUCCUUUGUCAAGUGAGAUUUGCCAAUUCUCAACGAACGGUGAACCGCCAACUUAUCUGCAAGAGAACCCGAAUCUAGAUAUCAGUGCAGCCGCAAAGCCUGAACAAAAGAAGGAAUAUUCUAACGUCGACGUGACGAAAGACUGGCCACCACCGCCCAAAGAUACUCUUGAUGAUACUCAAUGGAAAGCGCUACAGGAGAUAAUCACAAAACGACUCGCCAUAGUUCAAGGCCCGCCGGGCUGCGGGAAGACGUAUAUCUCGAAAAUCGCGAUACAAAUCCUUCGCGAAAACCGGCAAAAGGAUGAUCCACCUAUCAUCAUCGCAGCACAGACGAAUCACGCUCUUGAUCAGCUUUUGGGGCAUAUCUCUCUCUUCGAACCCGAAUACAUCCGCCUAGGUGGUAGGAGUACGAACCCCGAAGUCAAGAAACGUGCGUUAUUUGAGAUUCGACAACGAGAACGGAUCAAGCAGAUUCCCGGUGGCCUUUUGGGGAGAUCCAACCAUCUUCUUGCCAAACAGACAAAAGCAAUGAGUGCUAUUCUUGAGCCGUUGACAAUGCCCGGACCUGAUCCAUUCUCCACCGACCUCGUCUCCGGCCCUCAAACCCUUGUCCAACUGGGCGUUUUGACUGCUCAACAAGCCAAAUCUCUAGAGGAUGCUGCGUCUCGAUGGGUUUCUACCACCGAUACUGUCGACGGACCGCUACGAUUGUGGCUCGAUCGGGCCAUCAUGCCAUUCGAAAUCAAAUAUGCUCAGGACAGCUUUGGAUUUGAGGACGCCAUCGAGGACGAUGAUUUGGAAUUCGAGCAGCUCAGAGAGAAUGAGGAUGCGACCGGCGUAAACGACGAAGAAGAUAUCGAAUUACUGAAAGGGACAUGGCUGGAGCUUCGUGAGAGGUUCACAGUCCCAUCAUGCUCGCUGGGCGAUUUGGCGCAGGCCACCAGAAUACUGGAGUCGCCUACCACUCAUGAUCUGUGGAAAGUGCCAGACUACCUCCGCGGUCCCAUCUUCUCCGUUAUUCAGUCGAAAGCUAAGGCUGCUAUAGCUGCGAAAUUUCGUGAAGCAGCAGCGGUCUACGACAAGCUUGUGAAAGACAGCCUUGUUGGCAAAUGGGAACAGGACUGUGUUUAUUUGGCACGAGCAAAGAUAAUUGGCAUGACCACCACGGGUUUGAGCAAGUAUCGCCCACUGAUCUCGGCGUUGAAGCCUAAAAUCAUUUUGAUCGAAGAGGCUGCAGAGGUCUUGGAAGCUCCAGUGACAGUGGCUUGCAUCCCUAGUCUUCAGCAUCUCGUCCUAGUUGGCGAUCACCAGCAACUUCAAGGGCAUUGCAGCGUUCAGGAACUGGAGGGGGAACCGUUCAACCUGAACAUUUCCCUCUUUGAGAGACUCGUCAAGAAUAAGAUGCCAUACAAGACCCUUCUCCGCCAACGUCGAAUGGAUCCCGAGUUUCGCCGACUCAUUGGUGAUCUGUAUCCGGGAUUGACCGAUCAUCCCAGCGUUGUCAACCGACAUGUCGCGCCCUGGGGGAUGGGUAACAUUAGAUCCUUCUUUUUCGACCACCAAUGGGCAGAAUACAGAGACGAAUCUCAAAGCGUCUACAACGAAGAGGAGGCAAAGUUUAUUGCCGGCUUCUACCGUCAUCUGUACAAGAACGGCAUUGGGCCCGACCAUAUCACCGUUCUUACGUUCUACAAUGGUCAACGCAAGAAAAUACUCAGAGAACUGAAGGCCUACCCCGAGCUCAAGGGGUCGUACUGCUCGGUUAAGACGGUUGAUUCGUACCAAGGUGAAGAAAACAGCAUCAUCAUCCUGUCUCUGGUUCGAAGCAAUCCAGAGGGCAAAAUUGGAUUUCUGGCCAAUGUUAACAGAGUCUGUGUGGCUUUGUCACGAGCUAAAUAUGGCUUCUACAUUUUCGGCAAUGCCCAGGCUCUUGUGAGAGGGAGUCCUCUCUGGUACAACGUCAUUACUAUGUUGAAUUCUAAUCCGAAACGCCUCGGACAGGUGCUGCCCAUCCAGUGCAAGAAUCACCAUACAACGACGCUCCUGCAAUUCCCAGAUGAUUGGAAUGGGUUUGAGGGAGGUUGUUCGAAGCCAUGCGACAUCCGCCUGGACUGCGGCCACGCAUGCCCAUUGCUAUGUCACCCGUACUCUCACGAAGACGUCCAAUGCCAGGAAGAUUGCAAACAUACUCUUCUCUGCGGCCAUGGUUGCGAGAACAAAUGCUCUCAGCCAUGUCUCUGCACUUGUGAUGAGUUUGCCCGACUAAAGCGCGAGGAAGAUAUCAGAGCUUGGACUACCCCCAAGGCACCGGCAUCAACAGAGGAAACAUUGAAGGAGUAUCAAGGGUCCCAAGGUCUCAACAAUGGUCAGAAUGCUCCCCCGAAUGGCAGCGCAUCUUACUUACAGCAGCAGUCCUCUAGUCUACGUGACCGUGCUCCUGCCUAUCAAGAGGUUAAGUGUGCAGCGAAUCCCACUGACAUGCAGCGCCAGCACCGGUCGCCCUCGAAACCAGGCGUCAACUGCCACCCAGGUGGUAGCCUACAAAAUCCCAUCCCUCAGGAGACCCGCAUAAUCCAUACCUUAUCGCCAGAGAAGCAACUCGAACGUCGUCAAGAAUGGACAGACUUUGCGAACGGGGGAGUAGUUGCGGACGACGAACGGAAGGCGACCGUGGUACAAACAAGUUGCAAAAUAGAGUAUGACGGGUUGUCUCGGAGCAUCUCUGAUGCCCGUACCGUACAGCCGAAAUCUGCCAACGCUGGCCCCGGGAACCUGGAAACUGUGAAUGCGUCACCAAUCAAGAAAGAGAUCGUCACAGCCAUGAGAGAUGGAAGGAGCCGAUUUAUGCAUGACUACACUCCUGCGGCGUUCCGUGGGCAAGAAGACUCGGAAGUGAGAGGUGGAAGAAGUGACCCGGAGAACAAUUGUGUACCCCAGACUCCAGUACCGCACUUGAGAGGCGGACAUGCAACAUCGCAAGACCUGCCAGUAGGUGGAGAAGGCACAAACGAGGUGCUGGCUCAAGAUGGCAGCAAGGGCACUACGCAGGAUUCAACGGCUUCGGUACGCAUAAGUGAGCAGAAAGCUGACGGAGGUAUCAUGAACGACUUGAGCGAGUUGGAUGCGUACUUUCGCAUGCAGUGA